UGCAUAUGAAGUCCUGUCUAUGGUCACAUCCGCAUCCUCAAAGUGAUAUUAGAUAUACCCAAAAUGGGCGUUCGUUGGUUGACGACGUAUGUCAAUGAAGUAGAAAGGGUGGUAUCAAAUGUUGUGGAACUUCCAUGCAUAGAAACAGAAAGAGAGCAAAGUGGAGCAACUUCAGAGCGAAACGAUCACGAUAGACCCACACUCGUGGUUGAUUGUUGGGCAUUCAUCUUCAAAGUAUGGCUUGAUCUCUUUGGCGAUUCUAUUCGUAGCCUGGAUUAUGAGCGAUACAAAGAAGCCGUUCGUACAAUCAUAAAAGCAUGGCUUUCGACUGGGUGCAAAGUUACUUUUGUGAUGGAUGGUCCAUUUCUCCCAUCUAAAUUACCAACGAUCAUUAAAAGAAGAGCAACAUAUGCAGCAUGUAAUCAUGGCUUCAUGCACUCCUCACCACAAUCUAGAACAUCAAAAACGCUACAACUAAACUCACACGUUAUUCCACCAUUUUUGCAUUCUUCUACAGUAGAUGCAAUCAAUUCUUUGCAAUCGGAGGGCGUCCGUUUACUAUUCUCACCAACAGAAGCAGACAGUCUCGUGGCAGAGUUGGCAACAGAGGACGGAAACGCUAUUGCGGUAUCACAAGACUCGGACUUCUUCAUCCUCUGUUCGAGAGGUAAAGGAUGUCAAGGGUAUGUGCCAUUGGAUGGCAUAGAGUACAUCUCAGAGAUUAAAGGAGAAAGAAAUGGAAAUGGUGUCGCGGACAAUGGAAAUUCAUUUGACGAUGACGAUGGAUUUCAGCAGGUUGGAAAGAAGAAAAGAGGUGGCGGCGGUGGUGGUUCACGUGGAAUGAAAUCAUUGGCAAAUGCCUUGCCAACCGGUUUCGUCGGUAAAGAGGCGACCAAUCACCCUCCCUCAUUGAUCAAAGAUGCCAAGGGUGAACUGCUCUCAAUACGUUUACGUGCUUACAGUCCACAAAAGCUAGCUUCGCAUCUGGAGUUACCGCCAACCCUCCUACCUCUCUUUGCAGCAAUCGUUGGCAAUGAUUAUACAACAGCCAUUCAAAGAGAUCUUUUCCUACGACACAUAGAAGGAAGCAAACGGAUCCCUCUCGUCGCUGCUGCUAUUCGAACAGAAUGGCUCAGGAUGCAAAAUGAAGCAAAGUCUGGCAGCUCUUCUGGCAGAAGAGGGCAGGGAAGAUUAGCCAUGUCAUCAACCCAGGAUUUUGAUGAUGGCAGAAGUGAUGUUGGAUCUUCAGCAACUGCAACACCAACACGAAAUACACCCGGUGCAAACAGGCCUGCUUCGACGAUUGUGCCUACUGAUCCUGUUCGAGCUUUGGUAGACUCGGUCGUGAGCAGGUUGUUGUCGCAAUCAGAGACAAGUUAUAGAAAUCCACGAGUGGUCGCAUCAGGAGAACGUGAAUUGAUUGUUGACUCGAUCAUUGAUUCAGCAGCAACGUAUACACUUUUGACGCAUAGUGAUGCACCACAUCUUGCCAGUCCAUCUGCUGCCUUCUUCGGAGAGUCGAUGUCCUUCUUGCUUAAUCGUCGAGACGUUGAUCGGAUCGCUGCUCCUAAGGCAAUAAAGAAAUAUCGACAAGCUUUCGAAGCAGGUCAUUUCCGCGAAUAUCUCAUUGAAACACUCACACAAAGAGUGUUCAUCACCAGACAAUUACCUGAAGAUCCUGAGCAACCUUCAAUCCACUCUAAUGCUGGACGUGAAUUGCGAGUAUGGAUUUAUGCCGUUCUGUUCGAAGUAUGGGGAAUGGGUUGGGCACGCAAAGAAUGGGAAGAACCAGUAGUUCCGACCACGGAUGAAGACGAAGAGAGCGAAGAAGGUUCUUCUAGAGUACCAAUCUUCCAACCUGAUCGCACCUAUAAAGAAGGCGAGACACCAGAUGAUGUCAUUUCAGUAGAUACGGAAUCUUCAAGCGAGGCAGAAGAGGAGGCGGAAUUGGAAGAGCUUCCCACAAGACCCGGUUCUGUAAUGGAAGAACGGGAGGCAGACAAGCCUGCUCCGGGUGUAUUGGAGUAUGUCAGAUCAGGAACGCUUUUCAGCAAGGUGUUGGUACGCAUCCCAUCAAUGUCGGAAAUGUUGCGUAUUAAAGGAAAAGAAUUGCCAACAUCACUAGCAAACGUUGUGGCUCGCCAUGAAGCAAGUCUAUCAAAUGGAGGACCCGAUGGAAAGCAAGGUCAGAUACCCGAAUCGGACCCUGCUCCAGAGCCAAUUGUACUGAUGCCAAAGGAUGUUCGAUCGGAUCUGUUCUUGCAUGCACAUCAUGCUCAUACUCCUGCCAUUAUGGCUUUGCCCAAGCAGUAUUGGUUGGUAGCAAGCGUGAUGCGAUAUUUGAUCAUAAGCGAAUCUGAACGGCUCCAAGCCUCCAACAAACUUCGAUCGAAUUGGUCGUUUGCAGAAGUAAAAGUGGCAGUAAGCAGUAUGUUGGCUCAUCAAACACUUUCCAAAGAAUCACUCAUCUCUGCUGAUGAACGAAUCAAAUCCGUGUUCCCUUCAACAAGAGCCAUUCAUCUGUCUACUUGUGUUCAAUUGAUCGCCGAACUGUCAAAUGCUCUAGGACAAACACUAUUGUUAACGCAAGACGAUGAUUGGGUCGAACCGCACACAUGUUUCUCUGGUCCAAUCUUCCAUCUUGGCAUGGCUCGCAUUCAUGAUGGAAUCGGCGAAGAAGAAGAAGAGGAAGCAAACCCGAUCGUUGUGAAUGUUUUGGAUGCAAUCGUGGAGGGAUUGCAAGGUCAACUUGGUUUAGAUGCAUUAGAUAUCAAGAAAGAAAGAAAAGCGAAAAAGGCAGCCAACAAAGCUGCUCGAUCUACCGAAUCUACGGUCAAAAAGAUUACCACUCCCGCUAAAGCUGCUCGUAAUGCUUUUGAUGCUCUUAUGAACAGUGAAAAUUAAAUGUAGAUUAUCACACACACAAAUAGAUAUUUUGAAACAAUGACAUUGAUCUGAUUUUGG